AUGUGGCUGAUCCGGGCGUUUUGGAGACUGUGCGGAGUGUUCACCAUGGAUCUGUCGUACAACAAGUUUCAAAACGCGUACUCCGCACUGCUGAUAGCCACUUGCAUAUACAAUUUCGUGAACGCGUCGCAGGUCAUAUGCAAAUUGGAUCACUGGUGCUCCACGUUUUCGUCGACGCUGACGGCCGUGUACGACAGGGUGUUGACGUCCGCCGUGUUCUUCUCCCGGAUCGCGGUCGUGUACGAAUGUAAGCCGAACAUGUCCAGGUACCAAGCGACCAUCAGAGCGUUCGAGGCGUACUCGCCACCGUCGGCCACGGAACUCCGGCGGCACAGGGCGUUUUCGCUGGCCGUGGUCGCCACGUGUCUGGCCGUCAUCUUGCCGACCAACACGAUCUGCAUGUACUACUUGUGCCGCUACGAGCCCAACUCGGAUGCGUCGCUGUUCGCCUACCAGCUGUUCAUGUACGUCCAGAACCUGAGCAUGUGCUGCAUCGAGACGCAGUUUGUCGUGCAGUGUUUCAAGGUCUACACCAAGUUUCACGGCAUCAACGACGAUCUGAAGAGGCUGAAGGACGAAAACCUCAACCGCUCCGAGUACCCGUUUAUGUCGUCCGCCGGUUCGUCGUCACCGUCGCCGUCGCGGUCUGCCGUCGUGUACGACAAAGACUUUUAUCGUCCACGGUUCAUGAGCCACCCGACGGCCAACACGGUCGAGUUGCUCAGGAUCAAACACUGGCUGAUCCGAUUGUCGAUUGAUGCGCUCAACAACCUGUUCGGCGUGCACAUGGGACUGUCUGUGUGCUAUCUGUGGCUCAUGGCCUUGUUUGAUAUUUAUUACGAAAUGUUCUACAACUCUCGGUCGGGACUGCUGGUCUACUGUUGGCUGCUACAAUACAUGCUGAGGCUGUUAUUGAUCAUAUUGAUGGCGCACUUCACGACGAAACAGGCACUCGAAGCGAAGUCACUUAUCACGGAUACCAAUAACGGAAGUAUGGAUAGUAGUACCAAAGAAGAGUUACAGUUAUUCAUAAAUCAAAUAUAUAGUUCCACAAUAGAAUUUAAUGCGUACGAUUUCUUCACGUUGAAUACACAAGUUAUAAAAUCUGCUAUUGCUGCUGGUGCUACAUGUCUUGUUAUUUUGGUCCAAUUUCACUCUGAGAGAAAUUGA